UUUUCAACAGCACACAACAUACACUGAUCGAGAGAGUGGCUUGAACGACACAAUGGCUUCACGGCUAACGCAGCAACAACAACCGCGGCCGGUCGGUGCGUACCAGCCAGUGCCGCAGCACCACCCGUCGCACCCGUCGCAGCAGCACCGUCUCCUCGUUGAAAGCGAGUCCAUGUCCUCGGUGCUCGAGCCGCUCGCCACCGCGCGUCGCAUCAAGUACACUUGCCUGGACGUCUCGCGAAGGUACUUGGCGUUCGGAGCCAACUCUGGCGGGUUGUACGUGUUUGACCGACUGUCAGGACGCACGACGAGCAACCUGGCAACUGCUGCAUCAGGACAGACCAUCACCGAGCUGGGCCCCACCGUCGUGGUACCGAGUGCUGCAGCAGCUGGAGCAGCGGCUGGAGCAGGAGGAGCAACAGGACAAGCGGGAAUGCACCGAUUUCUACUGCUGCUGGCUUCCAAGCACGGCGCACUGACAUGCAUCAAGUUCGCCCCGAAUGACAAUGUCAUUGCGAUGGGCACGGUCCAGGGCAUCGUCCUUGUGUGGCAGUUGAAUUUGCACCGCGCAAAGCUGAAGGAAAAGCAGAUUGUCGCCAUUACAGAACACCGCAACUCGAGCAUCACCGCGCUGGAAUGGGACGAUCGAGGGCAACGGCUCUUCUCGGGAGACGACACGGGCCGCGUCUUUUCGACCUCCUUCUCGCGUAGCAUUGCCAGCAUCUUCCGCACGUCGGACCUCAUGAUGCGAGGCGACUCGCGCAUCACCCAGCUCCAGUAUGGUCGCACUCCCGGCGUGCCCAUGCCGACAGGGCCUGGCAGCUCGUCCCAGCAACAGCCUGCAGCAGCCCCCAGCGUGGUGGCCCCGGGCAUCAUCAACCCGUAUUCCGGGCGACAACUGCUGAUCGCGUCCACGUUGACGCGCUGCACCAUCCUCGACACCUCCAACCGGCAGGCCAUCCAAGUGGGAAAGAAGCCCCGCGAUGGCACGUUCGGUGCGUGUGUCCACAUUCGAUCGUACGUCUCCUCUGCGGCCUCUGCUGCCGGUGGUGACGACGAUGACGCCCCAGCAGCCAACGCUGCCGCCGACGAUGCCGGUCCACCAACGCUGCUGCCCACCCCGGCACAACUGUACGUGUACGCAGCGCGGCCCGGAUCUCGCCUGUGGGAGGCGUCCGACAUGGGCGUGGUGCUGAGCACGCUGAGUUUCCGCAAAACGUUCGCCGGCAAGCACCGCCAGGUCCUCGAUCUCAAGAGCGCUGCCGCGAGCCCGGAUAGCGAGCCAGCUGUCGAUGCUCGCUCCAGCACGGGCGCCUCCCUUUCGACGUCGUUCAUCUCGCUUUCGAUGCUUGUCGAUCGCUUUGCGCUUGCCUGGAACGAGACGAUGCUCGCCGUCCUCGACCCCGUCUUUGUUGGCGUCAUUGAAGCUCAUGUCGGCGAGCUGACAGACAUUCGACAAGUCGUUGUUUAUGGUGAGGAUGUGUAUAUUCUCCACGACACUUGGGCGCCCAAGCAGACCAAUCCUCUGCUCGCCGCCGCUGCUGCGGCUGCCUCCAACGUCCCCACGGCUGGCUGUGUCAGCAAAUGGUCCUUUAUCACUGCCGCGUCGUGUAUUGUUCGGCUGUGCCAAAAGGAGCGGUGGCUGCAGGCGGCACUGCUGGCGUCAGACUACUUUAAGCGGCUGUCGGCGACCGAAUUUGCGGAUAUCGUGUCCGUUUCAACAAUGGAAUCCAUUCUGGCACAACUGCGUGCUCGCGAGCUGCGCCUUUCGGAUGGAGCCGGCGGCGAGGCUUCUGCAAACGCGGCAGCCUCAAUGUCAGCAGACGAGUCGGCCCAACUCCGGGCGCUUGUGGAGACGACUGCGCUCGAGCGUAUGCUGGAAGUUGCUGGUGACCACGAACCCACGGCCGUUGACAUUGCCGCGCAAAUGGAAGCGGAUAUGUUCUUUGAAGACGAUGCCGUGAGCAUGGGCUGGGAUCACGAUUCCGACACGACUUCUGUUGCCGGAGGUGACACGAUCAGUCUUUCGGGCUUUGAAGGCGCUGUGAGUGUGUUGCCUGCCGCUGCUUCGCAGCCGUCGUCUUCUGGGUUUGCAUUGACGGCUGCCAACUUGGCUGCCAUGGCUGCCGUUCCGUCCGAAAUUGCACCGUCUUCUGCUGCUGCUGUUGUUGCUGUUACUGUUGCUGCUACGCCUGUCCCAGCGACUGAAAAAGCGGCGGAAGCAGAUGAACCGGCGCCAGUUCCACAGCAAGCUGCACCAGUGACAGAACCUGAGCAGUCGAUGCCUGCUGCAGUGUCAGAACCGACUCGCAUCAUUGUCGAGACCGAGAUCAAACCACCGCAAGCGCAAGCGGACUCGGUUUCUGUCCCGCCCGCGGAACCACAAGCGCCAGCUGUCGACGAGAGCGUUCUUGCUGAAGCGUCGCAGGUGCCCGAGAUUCCGGCUGCUGAUGAGCAGGAUCAGGCACAGACCACAUCUGCUGUUGAGCAACCGAAUGAGCUUUCUGUCAUCGCUGUGGCCGAGUCCGAUCUCGAUACAACCAUCAUGGCUUCUGAUGAAGCUGCCGAUCUGGCUGAAAUCUCCGUGCAACCCGAUCAGCCACUUGAGGGGGAGGUGUCUACCUCAACGGAGCCUGCUGCACCAUUGCUUGAUUCAAUUCCUCCUCCAACAUCCGAGCUGGCCGUUGCCGCUGUUUCUGUCGAUGAAAUUCCCGCGUCUGUCGAAGCUCCGGAAGAGCAAUCAUCGUUGUUGCCUGCAGAAGUUGAAGUUGCAGCGUCAGUUGACAGCGCCACAACAACUGAGGAACCCUCCGACACGCAAAUCUCACUUGAUACCACCACCACCAGCACCACCUCAGUAGCAGAGGUAUCUGUUGAGACGCCCACGCUUCCUGCACUCACAGCGAUUGAAGCACCGGCUGCCACCAACCCUGCAGAACCGCUGGUUUUGGCGAACAACAACACGGAGCUGCUCGAGGCCUCAACUGCAAUUCCAGCAGUUGAGCCACCUCUUCCCUCCACCGAGCAAGUCCCACCUGUGGCCGAAGUGCAAGAGCAACUUUCGUCACAGGUUCCAGAUGCCUCAAGCUCGGCGUUGCCCGCGCAGAGCCAGGACUUUAGCGCGGUUGCUGUGGCGGCUGCGAGCGGUGAUGUGCCCUUAGCGGUUCCCAAAAAGAAGAAGAAGAAGGCCGCUGCUGUUGUGGAUGCACCUCCAUCGGCUGUCACCGUGCCUACUGCUUCCACUGGCUCUGCUGCUACCGCUGCUUCUGUUUCCACUGUGUCAGCUGCUUCUGCGUCCACUGCUGCCGCCGCUGUUCCCGGUUCCAGCGCGGCCAACAUUUUUGCCGAAGAGCCAGCGGCUGCAGUUGCAGUUCCUAAAAAGAAGAAAAAGAAAGUCGCCAGAAUCACCGAUAUUGAAACCCCUGCCUCUGCCGCCAGCACAACUCCUGUAGCAGCUAAACCCUCGGUUGCGCGCUCAACCUCUGUCGAGACUGGGCCGAAUGCUCGUGCUCCGCCGUCUGCGAUUCCUGCUCCAACAGCGGUUGCUCCGGUUCCAACUUCCGGGCUACCAACCACUGAACGAGCGCAGAUCGUUGCCACCGACGCUGCUUCUCUUCCAUCCGCCCCCGCGCUGCCUUCUCCGUUGGCGGCGGCUGUUGCUGACCCGUCGCCUGGCGUUGUUGUUACACCUGUCGCCGUCAGCGAGAGUCCAGCUCAUGUCUCCUCCGCGCCGCCUACGGCUGCUCCUUCGCCGCCAACCUCUGCGUCGCACGUUCCUGGAACCACGCCCGCUUCAGCGACCCAACCGAUCGCUUUGGCCACACCACCGGUAGCCGCUGCUUCUCCGGCAGUUGUGCCCGCCGCUCAAAAUGCAAGCCCGAUGCUUCUCGCGCCUGUCGGAGGGGCUCAAGGUGGUGCCCAGCAGUCUUCCGUCAAUCCAAUGAACAACGCCGCAACGGCCGUGACUGCAGCAAUGGCAAAGGCAGCGUCCUUCAUGGACAAGGCGCUUCGACCUGCUCGGCAAAGCUCCCAUCCCAGCAUCACUCACUCUACCUCUGGCUCAUCCUCCCCGAGCAUGACUUCCGCGCGUGACUCCUCGGCCCAGCCCACCGGUUUGAGCGGCACUGGGUUGACUUCAUCCGGGUCCUCGUCCGUAUCGUCGGUCGCACCGCCAUUCUCGGCUGCACCGUUCGAUGCAGAUAGUGAAACGCGUACUCAGGCAUUCCUCGAUAGAACCCGCGCGGCAAAGAAGGUGACACAAUCGUCUACGGUCGAUCUGUCCAUGAUGGUCACCGUCCUGCGCGCUUGGCUCUCGCACCUGGAUCAGUGGUUUGGUCAGACUGCCGCUGGCAUUGCGCAGGCUGCGUCCCUUGCCGACGCUGGCAACACCGACAACAGCACCACCACCACCACCCUCAACCCCACUUCGCUGAAACUGCCGCGUUCUUCGCUGGUUUUGAUCGGCGAAGUCAUGACCAGCUGUCUCAAGUGGUGCGUCGUGCCUGUUGUUGCUGCGGCAGAUGCCACCGCGCCGUCCUCGUUGGGCUGGAAUGACGCGUCUGCGCAGCAACUGCUGACCCGCUACUUUUACUUCCUGGACCGUCCCCGCGCCUUUGCCAUUUGCAACCAGCAACAGAGCCAAGCAAGCGUGCAGCUACUGCUGGAUCUUGAAGACCGCCACUCUGCGAUCGACAUGGAUAUUGAAGUGCAUCAUACGGAAAUCGAGCGAGGCAAUGUUGGUCGCGCGUUGGACUCGCUACUGAAAGAUAUUGACGGAAACCUGCUGGGUCUCGCGUUGCGGUAUUUGACGACGCUGUUUACCCGAGAUGGCGCCCGUGCUCUGGCGUAUAGCGUCGCCAGCUAUCCACGCAUCCAGCCUUGGAAUGUGGAGAAGAGCCUGCCGGCCGGUUCGAUCUGGCUCCCGCAGUAUUACACACAGCUCGUUCGAGCGGAGACAACCGUUCACUCGCAUCUCCCGCCUCGUGCCUUCUUUGCGAAUGACGGCGCCCUCAUCUUGCGGUGGCUUACCGCUGCGCUGGAAAUUACGCCCGUGCCCGACCAAGCGCGGCUGUUUGCUCCCAAGCCUCCUGGCUACCCCAUCGGUGACCUGGCUGCUGCUGCACUGGCAGACACCGAGCCCGUCCAAGGGCCCGACGGCAAAACCAUUGCUCUGCACGAUUGGCAGCGCGUUGCGACCGAGCUCCACACGGCUCUCGAACAGCUCCUUGAAGACAGCGGCGUGCCGAGCUGCUUGCCGCUUGCCCAGGCCCAUCGUGUCGAUUGGCAGCUGCACGGCACGAUUCGCCACAUCAUCUCCCACGUCCGCACCCCCGUCAACCAGUCUCGCCAUGCCCAGUUGUUUGAUCGUAACGCCGAGACGGACGAGCACGAUGACAUGGAGCAGACGGGCGUUCUCUAUGCCCUGCAGCCCAUUCGAGCUGUGCAAGUUUGCAUUCGCCACGGCUACUGGCUUGGAGCGAUCGAGCUGCUCGCGGCCACUGGCCAGUCGCACUUGGCCAUCGCACUUUCAACCGAGCUUGGCGAUAUUGAAUUGCUCCAGCGCAUUGCCCUGGCGACUGACGAUUGGGAAGCCGCGCUGGAUUGGAUUGCGUGGCGUGCAAUCAGCUCGCGCUCUGAAAGCUUGACUGCCCUUUCCUGCAAUGACGUCGUGCGGUCCAUGAUUCCACGCUUGGGAGCUCGAAACACGCUGGAACUGCUUGUGCAGCGUCCAAUGCUCUGCGAUCUUGUGUCGCACUCGUUGAUUGAGCAAUGUGUAUACGAUGCUGUCAUUUCCGCGAAACAAGAUUCAUUGCUGCAAGACACCCUCGAGGCCGUCGAUACCUACCUCUGGUCGUUGCAGCAGACUCCCCUCGCGCCGCAGCUGCGGCAGGUGGUGAUCGAAGAGCGCGCGUUCAAGGAGGCGAUGGCUGCCGGGGGAAAUGACAAGGCCGCCGCCGUGGCCCCGCCGUACUUGCAGCUUGGACGAACAACCAACCAGAUUGUGUUUGAUCACAAUGUUGCCUUGCCGCGUUUCCUUGAAGAGCCGCUCACUCACUGGGGUGUGUCGACGGCACUUAUCGGCACCAACUGCCCAUGCUGCAUGCUCGCCCUGUCGGAGAAAGUUGGCGCCCCGUCCAAAGUGAUCAUUUUCGAGUGUGGCCAUGGGUUCCACCACUCCUGCCUGCCCGAGGAUGCCUGCGCCAUGUGUCUAUCUCGGCGUGUCAAAUCUGUAGCCAUCAUUGCCGAGUAAUUUCCAGUCCGGCCAUCACCGCCAUACCUUUUUUCUUUUGAAUCGUGUCAGUUAAUGCCGCCGUUCUGAAAAAAAAAAUGCCAAAUCCUUAGUCUGAACACAACGGAUAUUUUUUUUGUUUUCAUCAAACACUCGCUGGCGUUGGUCGGGUUGAAAUUUUCUUCUUGCAUACAUUAAUUGUUGUACAUCGAUCUCGCUCAAAAGCAAAACAACAAAACAACAAAACCGCGC